UACCGGAAACCAAACUUUUUUUUCAUCAAACUCUUUUCGUUGAGUCGAAAGAGGAAAAAAGAGACAACGGUUCAGCGUCAAAACUUUAGUUCCUUAUUUUAUUUUUUUUCCACUUUUGCGUCAUGUUUGAUAUGUACCUCUUGCUGUCGACAACAAGACAAUUUAAUUCUUUUUGUCAAGAAUAAACUCGCCGUCGAGGGUUUUUCUUGCACAUAACGGACCGUAGUGUUUUAUCAUGGAAGAUAGUGUGAAAGAGAGCCCAGCCAAGCCCAAAGAGGCUCAGUUAUUGGGGAAGGCUGGCUGGGUGAAGAAGGCCUCAGGCAGAUUUCUGGUCAGCUACAAGGACCGCUACGUCCAAGUGGAGAGGACACAGGUUCUUAUGUAUGAAAAAGAGGACCUUCAGAACUGCCUAGAGAAAGUGGACCUGGCAAACUAUGACAAGUGCCACGAGAUGAAGAGUGCCUUCAAGAAGAAGAACAGACUGGUAUUGAUAAGAUCGCCAAAAUCUGUAAAUAAGGUGAAUGAUGUAAAGUUCCAGGCUGCUAACCUUGAGGAGAAGGAGGCGUGGAUCAAGGCUUUGAGUGACGGCAUCAACAGAGCCAAGAACAAGGUCUUCGAUGAGGUAAAGAUAGAUGAGAGCAGUAAUUUAGAUCAUGUGACACGCACAAGACCCAAGGGCAACCGCAACAGGAGGCCUCCUACCAGGAUACAUAUGAAAGAGGUGGCCAACGUUUCCUCAGAGGGCAUGCUAAGACUGGACCUGGACAUUACAGACAGCAGCACACCCAACGGCACCCUCUAUGUCAACGUAGAAACCACUGACUCCCCUAAAGAGGUGGUGAAGCCUUUGUUGGAGGCCCUGGAGGAGGAGGAACCCCAGGAGGUUCCACAGACAGAAGAACCCAGCCCUCAGAAGAAGGUUUUGAAGCCCCCCAUGCCCCCCAGUAAAGAGGCCAAGCUCCCAGCUGCAGCAGAGAGCGAAGACCCUGACAACACCAGCUCUGAGGAGAAAGUCGUCCUCAAGCCUCCCAUGCCCCCGUCAAAAGAGUCCAAACCCGCUGUUUCAGCAGAGGGCAAGGUCUCCCAGGAGGACUUCCCUGACGAUGACCUGGAGAAGAGCCCGGAGGCUGGAGUCGAGACUGGACAACCAGCCACACCUCCAAACAAACCCCACUGCAGCUCAACUGACAACCUGGCCGUGUCCCCUCAGUCCAGUCAGAACCCCAAGCCUCCCACCCCACCUUCCAAAGACAAGAAGCCCACUCAGCCCAUCUCCACCUCAGAGACCACACAUUUAGAGUCAGAAGGUGUCAAAGAUGAAGGCCAGGAAGAAGAACAAGAUAAAUCUGAGACCACUUCCUCUGACAUUAAACAAACUAUCUUAACUGAAUCAGUGACUAAAGUGGAGUCCUCCACGUCUUCUCCUAAGGAGGUCCCAACUUCCUCUGAGGUCAGAGAUGAACCGUUAGUUACCAGCACAGAAGAAGAAACCCCGCAACAUGCACCUGAAGAAAAUGUUUCUGCCCCAUGUAGUGAGGUCCCUAUUGAUCCUGAGGAAGAGCCUAAGGUGUCUCAACUCAAAGCAGCAACACCAUCAAUGUCCACACCAGAACCAAUCAAAAAGAGCCCUUGUCCACCCACCCCUUUUAAGAAGAAGCCUAUCAAAAUCCCUCCUCCUAAAACUCAGGUUGAACCCUGUGACCCUCAACCUCCAGGUGAAGCUAAGAAGAUUACCAUUCUACCUGACAAGGAGCCAAAUCCACCACCUACCAUUUCAACUCCAGACCACACAGUCAGCAAGCCAGACAAACCAGAGAGGGACCUGAAACUCCCAGUGGACCCCAAGACUGAAGUCCCAGUGGUGGUGCUCUGCCUGGCCGACCCAGGACCUGACAGCCCCAGCUCCAGCCCGGCCCCAUGCCACAGGUCCCUGGAGAAGAGAGAGUGUGAGGAGGAGAAGUCUGUUGACAGUGGUCAGCACUCGGACGAUGAUGGUGAGGGGUCAGAGGCUGGAGACACCACGGUCUGCUCCACAGCUUCUCUGAGGGGCAGCCAAGCCGCACUGGACAUGAUCCAUGUGAGCGAGGAUGAUAACGAACCCCCCGAUAGUCUUGGACAGAGUAUGGACACAGACCCCCCCAUGACAAACACUGCUCGGGCCCCUGCAGGGCCCCAGGUCAGCUCUACGAAGGUCCAUUCAACCUUUCUCAAUGUGCGGAUCAAUCAGUCCUCUCGCCCACCGGUUCCCCUUAAACCUUCAGCCAGGUCAGCCUCUCUGGGGGAUCUGCUGUCUGAGUCCUCAGGCUCUGACACGACCAGGGAUCUUCAUCCCCACGUAAUGGACCUUGAGAGUGAAGUGGACCUGAAGCUUAAAAACACAGGGGAUCUCCUGGCCACUCUCACCUCCCAACAGAGUCCCACGGGUGGGCAGAGCUCUGCCGUGCUGGUGGGGGACGGCUUAGAGAAGGGCUCCCCUGAGGAGCUGCUGGCCAGGGCCAUGGAGAAGCUGAGGAAGGCAGAAAUGUUCCUCCAAGAAGCAAAGAACAUGAAGGAGUCCAACCAUUCAGAGAACAACAGCAAGAGAAACAGCUGGUGAUUGUUAAUAGGAAGGGUGAAACAAAAUGAUUCAUUGUGAUUAACAGUAGCAGCCUGAAAGAGCCUGUUUUCUCCUAGUAGAGCAGAUUAUGCAGGGAACGCAAGUGCAAGAUGAGAAUUAACAAAGUGCAAUUAUUCCCCCUGUAACCUUUCUGAAAUCUGAAAUACAAUAAAAACUGUACUGUUCUUUUUUUAAUAUUUCAUAUUAAUUACUUGAAUUCUAAUUGACCAUUGUGAGAUAUUGUGAUAAACAAAAAGGGAUAUUUGUGCAUAGUUAUUAACAAAAAUAUGAAAACAUUGCUCAGGUUUUUGGUUUGAAAAAACUUUGAAUCUGCUCAUAGGAUAUGUUAUUAAAAUAUAGGUAUAUGUGGCUCCAUGCUUUCCCGUCUGUCCUUCCAGACUAUAAAAUGCUUUCAGCUCACCAAUGAAAGUAGUUCUGUAGACAUCAACAUCACUUCUACUGAACAAUGCUUUACACGAUGCGCAGUGAAGUUGUGAUACCUGCUAUAUACUGUAUGCUCUGCAAAGCAGCCCUCUUCACAAUGUUUAUAAAUAGCGCACACAGGAACUAGAAGCUUCCUGACCGGUUUACAGAGUACUAGAUGAACCUUAAAUACUGCCAUCAGACCUUGGGUCCCAGUGGUUCUGAACCAUGACGGCAGUAUGAUUAUUUUGUAUGUAGUGUUUUAAGGGUUAAUACACAUUUUAUAACGAGUCUUUUCUAUCUUAUUUUACCUCUUAGUGUUAGGCUUUUAUGCUUAGGGUUUGAGGAUAUUGGUUAUGGACCAUUUGAAGCAGACUAUCUGAUCCACGUUUUGUACUUGAAUAUCUACCUAUGUGUGACAUUUCGCCCAUGUAAAGCACAGCAAAACAUUUAACAAUUAAAAAUGUUGAUAAAAAAAUAUACCGUCUGCAAAUGGGACUAAGCAAAUAGACCAGAUAGUACCACCAAUGUUUUAAUGUUUUGUUUAUCUUACUUUGCAGUUUCUGUGUAACAGUAGCCUAUCAUGUGAACAUGUCUAAUGUUAUUUGAAUCUAAAUUUGUAAAUAACAUAUGUGUUCUGAAUUGCUUUUUAUUUAAGUUAUUAACUCUCAUUGUCAUUGUUUGGUCUGCCAGUGUAGAAAUUAUUAAAUAACCCUCGCACUGCUUUUCACUUUUGCAAAUUGCAAAUUAUGUCUUGAAGUUUUGUAAUAUUUUAUGUAAUAUAUUGUCUUGUACAAAUCCACUUACUGAUAAUACAACUAAUUGGGUAAACUUGUGUGUAGAUGUUUUUUGAUGCAUACUAACAAAUUGCUGUAUGUGCAAGCCAUGUCUGAAUAAACCUUGCCACUGUA